AUGGAUAUACUGAUAGACAAGCGUUCUUCCCGUGACAAAACCAACGUUCUGCAGUCGCUCAGUACAGUUGAAUUUCUUUCGAACGAAGGGUAUUCAAAAAGUCUUUGCGACCAGUAUCUAGCGCCUUUGCUUUCAACCCUAUGGGGGAUAAAUAUUGGAAGGCUACUUCCGCAAUUACCUGUCAAGACCCUCAUUCGCAGCUUAUGCGACCAUCAGCUCUUUGGCAUACGGCGAACAACGCCAGAUUUUCGCCGUAUCGAUGGCGGAACAAACCAUGUUGUUCAGACCAUGGCCAAGGGAUUCUCCUCUGAAAAUGUGCACCUCAAUACCAGGGUCCGGGAGAUAACCCGUGUGGAUAAAAGACAGAAUAGCCUUUUCACAGCGGAUGGUAGAGAAUCACAUUUUGAUCAUAUUAUCUUCGCCGUGGAUAACGACGAGAUUCUCAAGAUACUAGGUUCCAAUAUAGAUACCGAUGAAACGGAGAUCAUCGAGGGGCUCAAAACAACUAACAAUAUCGCCGUCUUACACUCAGACCCCUUUCUGGCACCCAACAUCCACGGAUCUUGGCCCACCAGCAACUACAGCCUAGACCCCUCCGAUAACACCCAGCAUGAACCCCCAGCCUGGACUCCCCGCAAAUCCAGCCUCACAUACAACGUAAAUUCCCUCCAAAAUAUCCCAACUCGUCUCUUCGACCGGCUAUACAUCACCCUGAAUCCAUUUACGCCGCCCCAUCCUCGCUUCGCACACAGCAUAUGGGAGUAUACCGAACCCGAGCUUAGCACCGCAACUCUCCAAGCUCAAAGCCGUCUUCCGUUAAUCCAGAACAAGAGGGGAUUAAGCUACGGCUUCCGUUGGACCGGGCGUGGGUUUCUCGAAGAUGCGGUUACUUCUGGUCUCGAGAUUGCUAUUGAGCACUUAGGUGCGCAGGUACCUUUUGGGAUUCACUACCACCCUGAUCCCAUGUGUUCCUCGACAUCGCCGGUUACAGAGCUAGGAUUAAAAGACCAUCUGGUUCGGACGGCACUUUGUCUGGCUCGGUUCUAUGCUCUGGUUCUCCAGAUGUCGUGGAUCUUAUUGGGGGCGCUUGGGUUCCCUGUAUCGAGGGUUGAGAUUAUGUUUGAGUGGAUGUUGGGUGGGAAUAGAAUGCUUAAAUCUUAG